CCAUCAUUUUGGGCCAACGUUCUUUGUUCUAUAAAUACAACAAUACGCUCGUACGAAGUAGAGGCCCAAUCUGGAACGGUUUCUGAUUAGGGCUUCGAUUUUUCUACUUACAGAGAAGGGGGAAAUUGAGAGAGGACAGCAAUGGUGUGCGAGAAGUGUGAGAAGAAGCUAUCGAAGGUGAUAGUUCCGGACAAAUGGAAAGAAGGGGCGAGCAACACCACCGAAGGCGGUGGCCGCAAGAUCAACGAGAACAAGCUCCUCUCCAAAAAGAACAGGUGGACCCCAUAUGGAACCACCAAAUGCAUCAUUUGUAAGCAGCAAGUGCACCAAGAUGGGAAGUACUGUCACACUUGUGCUUAUACCAAAGGAGUGUGUGCCAUGUGCGGUAAGCAAGUACUUGACACCAAGUCGUACAAACAAAGCAAUGUAUGACAUAUCUGUUGGUGUUAUCAUAUCUGGUAAAAUGCGAUAACUCUAAACAGUAUUGUGUUUGCCACAUGAUUGGUGCCUGAGAUUAAGCGACAAUUCACUCGAAUCGUAUUUAGUGCUGUAAAAGUUCAAUAAUUGUAACAUGGGGUACUUGGUAGUAAUGCACGAUGAACAAGUUAUUUAAUAAUUUGUCGCAUUGCACUUUUACUUUUAAGAUGGAUUUUAGUGGUGUCUGUGUAAAUAUGUUUUUUUAAAGGCCAACUUCUGGCUGUAGAUAUUCGAUACGCGCAUCAAAACGCAUUUUGAGUUUGACCUUU